AUGUUUCUUUACAACCUAACUUUACAACCUCCGACCACAAUUAAUGUUGCCGUGGUUGGUCACUUUUCAGGAACAAAACAACAAGAGAUUGUUGUUUCCAGAGUAACACGCCUAGAAUUUCUUAGGGCAGAUCCAAAUUCGGGCAAAUUACAAACACUUCUAACACAUGACGUUUUUGGAAUAAUUAGAUCAUUGACGCCUUUUCGAUUGACUGGAGGCUCAAAAGACUACAUUAUAGUCGGAUCAGAUUCGGGUCGUAUAGUCAUUCUAGAAUAUAAUCCAGCGAAGAAUAAGUUUGAUAAAAUUCAUCAAGAGACAUUCGGGAAAUCAGGAUGUCGACGAAUUGUACCUGGACAAUACUUAGCUGUAGAUCCAAAGGGGAGAUCUGUUAUGAUCGGUGCAAUUGAAAAACAAAAACUUGUUUACAUUCUUAACCGUGAUUCUGCAGCCAAUUUGACUAUAUCUUCCCCACUAGAGGCUCAUAAAUCGCACACUUUGGUACACCAUUGCAUAGGUCUGGAUGUUGGUUUUGACAAUCCGGUCUUUGCUUGUUUGGAGGUUGACUAUUCAGAAGCUGAUCUCGAUCACACUGGUGAAGCAUUUAAUAGUACAGAAAAGGUAAAACGCUGCAUAUUGUAUUAUGAUCUUGGUCUAAAUCAUGUUGUAAGAAAAUGGAAUGAUCCAGUUGAUGCGCGAGCCAACAUGUUAUUUGCUGUUCCUGGUGGUAAUGAUGGUCCUUCCGGUGUACUAGUUUGUUCUGAAAAUUUUAUAACGUAUAAGCAUCAACAUGCACCUGAACUUCGCGUGCCAAUUCCACGCCGCAAAAAUCCGCUCGAAGAUCCUUCACGUGGACUCAUAAUUGUCGCAGUCACCCUUGAUUACGAGGAUGAUAAGGUGAAGGCAAUUAAAAUUAAGUAUUUUGACACCGUGCCCAUCGCUGCAUCAUUAUGCAUACUCAGAGCUGGUUUUCUGUUUGUAGCUGCGGAAUUCGGGAAUCACCGGUUAUAUUCAUUUACAAGCCUUGGUGAUGAUAAUGAUGAACCAGAAUGGUCCAGUGAAAAUUUUAUGGACACUGAUUUAAAUCAUCCAGCAUUAGCAUACUUUACUCCCAGAGAUCUACAAAAUUUGGAACGUGCUGAUGAAUUGGAAAGCUUAAAUCCAUUAAUUGAUGCCAAAGUUUUAAAUCUUACAGAUGACGAUACACCACAGUUGUACACUUUGUGCGGAAGAGGUGCCGGUUCAACUUUCCGGAUAUUAAGGCACGGGCUAGAAAUAUCUGAGAUGGCGGUUUCUGAAUUACCUGGUAAUCCUAAUGCCGUUUGGACUACUAAGCUUAGAUCCGAUGAUGAAUUUGAUGCUUAUAUCAUUGUAUCAUUUGUGAAUGCGACGUUGGUGUUAUCUAUCGGGGAAACUGUUGAAGAAGUAACUGAUACUGGUUUUCUUGCCACAACACCCACUUUGGAUGUUCAUCAACUAGGUGACGAUGCAUUACUCCAGAUAUAUCCCCAAGGAUUGAGGCAUAUUCGUGCCGAUCGACGCGUAAAUGAAUGGAAAACACCUGGUAACAGGGCUAUAGUGAAAGCUACAACGAAUAAGCGUCAAGUUGUCAUAGCAUUAACAGGCGGUGAGCUUGUGUAUUUUGAGUUAGAUAAUCAAGGACAGUUGAAUGAGUAUCAAGAACGCAAGGAAAUGACAGCAAACGUACACUGUUUGAGUAUCGGGGAAGUUCCAGAAGGGAGACAACGGUCAAGAUUUUUGGCUGUGGGUUGUGAUGACAACGCCGUCAGGAUCCUUUCUCUUGAUCCUGACAAUACUUUAGAAGUUCUCAGUACACAGGGUCUAAGCGCGCCUCCACAAUCUUUAUCCAUCAUUGAGAUGAUGGAUAUUGGUACUGACGCUUCACAUGGAACACUAUACCUCAAUAUAGGAUUACAAAAUGGUGUGUUAUUACGAACAGUAUUAGAUACGAUAACCGGUGCAUUGACCGAUACGAGACAAAGAUUUCUCGGUGCUCGACCAGUAAAACUUUUUCAAGUCAAAAUUCAGGGAUCUCCCGCAGUUUUAGCGCUGUCAAGUCGGCCUUGGUUGAGUUAUACUUUUCAAUCCAGGUUACAUCUUACGCCACUUUCAUAUGACAUGCUUGAAUACGGAUCCAACUUUACAUCUCCACAAGUUCCAGAAGGAAUCGUGGCAAUUUCUUCUAACACUUUGAGAAUCUUUGCCGUGGAAAAGCUAGGGACAGUAUUUAAUCAAGCAACAAUACAACUUAAAUACACACCACGUCACUUUAUUCUUCAUCCAUCUUCGAGAAAUUUUGUUGUAAUAGAGAGCGAACAUAAUACAUUUUCCCCAGCAGAGAAAGAAAAGACACUGGAAGCCAAAUUAAAAAAUGGAUUUCAAUUUGAUCCCAGUGUGUUGGAAUUAUCCCCAGAGACAUUUGGCUUGCCCAAGGCGGAGCACGGAAAAUGGGCAUCAUGCAUUCGUGUUAUAAAUCCAUUCCAAGGUGAAACAAUGUCAUUAGUCGAACUUGAAGAUAAUGAGGCUGCGUUUAGUAUUGCUACAGUAAACUUUCAUGGGCAGAACAAUGAACUAUACCUUGUUGUUGGCACCGCAAAGGAUGCAAAUUUGGCACCACGAACAUGUUCUGCGGGGUAUUUGCAUGUAUAUCAAUUUAUAGAUGAAGGAAACGCUUUAAAACUUGUACAUAAGACACAAUGUGAUGAUAUUCCUUUAGCGCUGUUAGGAUUCCAGGGGAGACUUGUUGCGGGCGUUGGUAAAGCACUGAGAAUAUACGAUAUGGGUAAAAGGAAAUUGCUACGGAAAUGCGAGUCAAAGGCGAUUCCAAAUUGUAUUGUUAAUUUGCAUACACAAGGAAAUCGCAUUAUUGUAUGUGAUAUGCAAGAAUCAGUACAUUAUGCAUCAUACAGACCACACGAUAAUCGUAUCAUUAUUUUCGCUGAUGAUACCACUCCGAGAUGGAUAACAACCACUACAAUGAUAGAUUAUGAUACACUUGCUGGUGGUGAUAAGUUUGGAGAUUUCUUUGUUGAUCGGUUGCCGGCCGAAACAAGUGAAGAAGUAGAUGAAGAUCCUACUGGAAAUAAAAUAAUGUAUGAAAAAGGAUAUUUAAUGGGUGCUCCACAUAAAGUUUCCAUGAUUGUACAUUAUCAUGUAGGGGACAUUAUUACAUCACUUCAUCGAACAACACUUGUUGCUGGCGGACGUGAAAUUCUAACUUAUACUGGUAUUAUGGGUAGUAUUGGAGUAUUUGUCCCAUUUUUGACAAGGGAAGAUAUUGAAUUUUUCCAAACCCUUGAAAUGCAUAUGAGAAACGAAGCCCCGCCUUUGGCGGGACGUGAUCACCUUCAAUAUCGCAGUUUUUAUGCACCAGUAAAAAGUAUGGUUGACGGUGACUUGUGUGAACAAUACAAUUUAUUACCAAUGGAUAAAAAAAAAAUGAUUGCUGAAGAAUUGGACCGUACUCCUGCAGAAAUACAAAAGAAAAUUGAAGACAUGAGAGUGAUGGCAGCGUUCUAA